GACUUGCCUAGAAGCCUGCAUCCAUCUGCAAAGCAUGAGGGGCCGCGACCUCACCGGCUCGCUGCCGGACGAUGUCCUCCAGCACGUGCUCUCCUUCCUGCCAUCGCGCGACGCCGUGCAGACGUCGGUGCUCGCCCCCCGCUGGCGCCACCUCUGGAAAUCCACCCCCGCCGUCCGCGUCCGCGGCAGGGGAGACGGCUUUCGCCUCUUCGUCAACAGCCUGCUGCGCCACCGGAACGACGCCUCGCCGCUGCACACCUUCGAGAUCGACGACCUCGUGAAAGGCCCCCAGCCGUCCACCAACUUCUUCUUUGACGACGACGACGACGACGACGAGGACGUCUCCGAGACCGACCCCCACCCGGACGUCGACCUGUGGAUCAGGCACGCCUUGUCCACGUGCCGCGCCACCUCGCUCACGGCACGCUUCGACGAAGAGGGCUUCCUGCCGUGGCGUCCGCGCCCCCCUUUCGCCUUCACGUCCAGCCAGCUCACGACCAUGCACCUCGAGUUCGUCGAGCUCGCCGACGGCCUCCUCGACUUCUCCCCCUGCCCGGCGCUCCUGCGCCUCAGCCUCAGCGGAUGCCGCCUCAGCGGCGACGCCAUCGUGUCGCCCUCGCUGGAGCGCCUCACCAUCAUCCGCUGCGACAUCCCGAUCGGCCGGAACACGGCCGGCCGGGCCGCCACGAUGAGGAUCUCCGCGCCGAACCUCCGUCAUCUGCAGAUAUCCGAUAGCUGUGACGGGGAGCAGACACCUCCGUCCCUCGACAGCAUGCCUUUGUUGACGACGGCGAGCAUCCGGUUCACGGGCAGCACCCAGAUUUACCCCACCAAUGGUGGCGCUUCCUUGCUUCUGCAUGGCUUGUCAGAGGCCACGAGCUUGGAGCUUGCGGCUUCCACUCCUGAUGGAAAGGCAAUCCUACAAGGUGACUUGAGAUGGUGCCCUACAUUCACCGAGUUAAAGACUUUGAUACUGAACGAGUGGUGUCUAUAUGACGAUGUAACUGCGCUUGCAUGCCUUCUGCGGCACACACCCGCACUAGAGACUUUGCAACUUGAUUUCAAGAGCAGCGAUACACUCCAGGAGAAAACAAAAGGAAGUUGUAUCAUAUUAAAAGAGUUGUUUCCUACACUUGAAAACCUGAAGACAGUGAAGAUCGGAGGGCACUGCUCAUAUUCUGACACAAAGAAGCACGAAAUUUUGAAGUUUUUCAGUGAUUGGGGCAUACCUCGGUGUAAAGUUAAGUACGCUCUGAACUUUGAAGCAGUGGAUGCCGCUAUGGAAGGGGGAAAACGCAAGAGGGGGUCAAGAAGACGGUAGGAUGCAUGCAGGCUGAGAUAGCCAAACUGAAGCAGGAAUCGACACUUCGCGAGGAUCCAAGCGGUGUAGGAUAGAACGUAGUCUGCUAUGAGGUUCUAUCCCUUUGAACAAGGGCUGAACUGCGCUGCCUUAGAAACCACUGUACCCCUAUGCACCAAACCACUGGAAAAUUCAAGUUUGGCAAGUGUCACCGUCUUUGCCGAGUGCAUUUCAUCAGGGACUCAGCAAACAUGUCUUUGCCGAGUGUCGCCGAAAAAAUACUCGGCAAAAAGGUGCUUUCCCGAGCGCUACACUCGGCAAAAGGGCGUCUUUCCCGAGUGCUACACUCGACAGAAGGGGGUAUUCACCGGGCUGCAUUGUUUUGGCUGUUGAGAUU